UAAUGCUGCGGUAUCAUGUGACCUAGAUUUAGUCCAAUCAGAACGCGGUAGCCUCGAUUCAAACUUUCCUUCCAAGGUUGUAUCUAUGCUGUGUCCCUCGUCGCCGUGGAGACGGAGUUUUAUAUUUUCUGGGCGACCGAUGGAGCCUCGAUCGUGGGCCCCGGGCCCUACCGAGCAACUCGGCUGUGGAAUGAGACUGUUGAGCUCUUUUCGAAUGGAAUGCCUUUACGGAAACAUCGUUUUCACUUCAAAAGCUACGAAGGUUUCACAGCUUCGGAGGCUGUGGAGUGGUUGCACAAACUGCUGAGACGCAACCAAAACUUUAGCCCAGAAGUAACUCGUGCCAAACAGUUCAGCUUUCAAAAGUUCCUGAAGAAUCACGUUAUUGAAGAUAUCAAGGACGAUGGGGCAAGAUGAUUUGAAGAUAAUGGUAAAUUAUAUAGGUUUCCUCCUUUCUCACCAUUAAAACCAUAUCCUAAACGAUCUCCUUACCGAAAAGAAAUUGUGAAAUUCCCAAACUGGGACUUUGAAAAAGUUACUUUUCAAGAGCACAUCCCAGUGAAACCAAUCACAUUGAAUUCUGAAAUGUGGUUCAAACGGCACAGCAUAGCAAUUGGAGAAGUACCAGGAUGCAAACUCAUCCAUCGUCGACAAUUAAAAGAGGCAAAUGUAGAAGACAUAUGGAAGUCCAGGACUUUAUCAUACUUGCAAAAAACUUUAGGCUUGGAUUCUCUGAAUGAUAUUUUGGACACUAAACUUGUAAAUCCAAAGGACAUCAUUCAGAAUGUGUACAAUGUCAACAAACAAGGAACUGUCAUUUUAGAAGAUAAAUCAAAAGAAGUUCCACAUUGGGUUCUAUCGGCAAUGAAAUGCUUAGUGAACUGGCCCAGAUAUCCAGAUCUGAAACAUCCCACCUACUCAGGUUUUGAAAGAGAUGUCUUUAGAACCAUAGCAGAUUAUUAUGCACACAUGAAGGAGCCUCUUCUCACUUUCCAGUUCUUUGAUGUUUUUGUCAGUGUGCUGGGAAUCUUGCAGGAAAAGAAGCUAGCUACUGAAGCAUUGCAGAUUUCUUGUCUUCUUCUGCCACCAGCAAAUCGGCGAAAGCUACAGUUGUUGAUGAUGCUGAUGGCUAAGAUACAGUCAAAUAAAGAUCUUCCACCUCUUUCAGAUACACUUGGAACAAGAGCAAUGAUGGUUCAAACUUUUUCUCACUGCAUUCUUUGCUCCAAGGAUGAAGUAGACUUGGAUGAACUCUUAGCAGCUAAAUUGGUAUCAUUCAUGAUGGACAAUUAUCAUGAGAUCUUAAAUGUUCCUUCAGCCUUAAAAACUGCAGUUGAGGAACAUAUAGCUCAUCUCCAAAGAGUCCAGAUAAAAUAUCCAGAAUCAGAUAUAGAUGCUAUUUUGCCGUUGCCAUCAUUUUGUCAUCAAAUCAGCACUGAUGAGUUUGAACACCCCAAAACAAAUUGUCGUCAAGGGCCACUGGCAAAUUUGUUGGAAGAAAUCACAAUGAAUAUGGAAAUGUCCAUCAAAGAGAAGAAGAAAAGGUUAAAACAGUUUCAGAAAUCUUAUCCUGAUGUAUACAAAGAACGUUUUCCUACUCCUGAAAGUGAAGCAGUUCUUUUUCCAGAAAAAAAUAAACAGAAACCACUGUUGAUGUGGGCAUUUAAAAGGCCUUUCCAGCCGUUUCAAAGAACAAGAAGCUUACGCAUGUAAGACUGUGAAUGAGCCGAAUGUCUAUAAUGGUCUGUGGAGCAUCUGGAUUUCCACGUAGGUUCUGAAACUUGUUUAACAAAGAAGAAAAUCAAGGCAGAACACUGCUAAGCUGAGCCAUUAUCACUAUUUGGGGGAGGGUGGGGGGAAUCCCUUGGUGCUUUUUCAUUUUAUUUGUUCAAGUUGAGGUUGGGAAAUAACGGGUUCAGAUGAUCGUAUCAUAGCACGUGAGAGACUUAACACCUGUAGCCUCAUUCUGCAAGCUGCAGUUAAACCAAGAAGUCUCUGAAAAUCUUUGAGUUAUUACUGAGUUAUUAAAAUACAAUAAAAAACACUGGAGCUAUCCUAGUAUUAUCCUAGUGGUUGGGCAGCUGAUAGGUGAAAUAUGUUGCUAUGGCUUGCUGAGUAAACUAUAUUUAAAACAAACAUUAGUUUAGAAGAAUUUGUCAACCCAGUAGCCAUCCCUAGAGAGAAGAUAAGUAAUAAAUUUCUAUUCCUUCUGUUGAAGUCUGGGAAUACCUGGAGAUCCUUACCAGUUGUGGAGAGGCACAGAACCUGGGCUGAAUACACAGAAUGAUCUCUGCUCAAUAAAUUUCUUUACAGGAAGUCCUUGACAUACGACAGCAAUUAAACCCAAAGUGUCUGUUGCUAAGCAAGACAGUUAUUAAGCGUGCUUUGCGCCAUUUUACGA